AUGGCCCAGAAGUUUACAUCUGUUGCCUUUUUGCCACCGUUUAUUGAUACGUACAGAGAGAUGCCAUGUCUGUGGAAAGUAAAAUCAAAAGCAUAUUCAAAUCGAUUGCUGUGUGAUGAGGCUAUGAAAAAACUGAUUGAGCUAUGCAAAACCGUGUGCGUAAAUGCUAACGAAAAUUAUGUGAAAAACAAAAUAGCCAACCUGCGUACUGUUUUUCAAAAAGAGCUUAACAAAAUGGAAAACUCCAAAAAAUCUGGUGCUGGCACAGAUGACGUGUAUGUGCCAUGGCUGUGGUACUUUCAGAACCUCAUGUUCCUGACUGACUCAGAUAUGCCAAGGGAGUCUCAAUGCACUUUGCUGCCUGGUCCCUCUGAUGAACCCUCCUGUUCGCCUCUGUCUGAAUUUGAGGUACUAGAGACACAGUUGCAGGAAAGUGAGGCAACACCAGAGAAAAGUACACACAACCCGUGCCUGUGAACAAAGGAAAAAAAAAAGAAACCCAGAAUCUGAGACUAAUUUAUUUUUACGGCAAGCUUCUGCUGCCCUGGCAGAAAAAGAAGAUGAAUGGCUUUGCAAAUCAUAUCGCGCACAAACUGCGGAAUAUGAGCCUGCAGCAACAGGAAAUAGUAGACCCACUUAUUUAUCAAAUAUUAACAAUUGGCCAAAGGGGAAAGGGUUCCUACGACACCAGAAUUGUCGGAUUCAGUAG